UAUAAGAUUAUUGUGGAGGGGGCAAACUUAUUUAUCUCACAAGAUGCCCGUUUGGCACUUGAGCGCUGCGGCGUUGUGCUGUUUAAGGAUGCGUCCGCAAACAAGGGCGGUGUCACUUCCUCAUCGCUCGAGGUCUAUUCGGGGUUGGCUCUCUUGGACGAGGAACAUGAAAAAUACAUGUGUGCCACCAGUAAAGAGAACACGCCGGAGUUCUACAAGAAAUACGUGAAGGAUAUUAUUGACCGCAUUGAAGAUAAUGCUCGGCGGGAGUUUGAGGCCAUCUGGCGUGACCACGAGUCCCACCCAGGGAUGUCAAAGACACUUAUUUCAGAUACUCUCAGUGAGAAAAACGUUAAGGUGCGUGCCAACAUUCUUGCAAGUGAUGUGUUUAAGAAUAAAAAGCUUGUACGGUAUAUUCUUUUCCAUUACACCCCAAAAACACUCCUUGAAGUGGUGCCAGUGGAUGAAUUGAUGAAUCGGGUUCCCAUUGCCUAUCAGCAUGCCAUUUGUGCCAUGUGGCUUGCAUCCGAGUACGUGUACUCCACAGGAAUUGACAGCAAUGAGUUUGACUUCUUCUCAUUCAUGAGCGCCCACAUUGAGCGCGCGUCGGCCAUGGCGAAGGAACAAUCACGUUGA